UUGUCUGGAAAAAAAAUCACUCAAGAAAGUAGCAGAACAAUUUGGAAUCCCCGAGAAAUCAUCAUUUUUGUGAAGCGAAAAAACAUCAAAUCAAUUGUAUCGGAGAAAUCAUCAUUUUUGUGAAGAGAAAAACAUUAAAUCAAUUGUUGAUUACAGAGAAAUACGAAACACUAAAAUAAUUGUGAGAACUAGAUUUAUGGCUGUGCUUGAUCAAAGUUCAAAUAUGAUGUUACCUAUGGAUUAUACCAGAAAGAAGAAAUCUAGGAGUAGAAAAGACGCGCCGAAGAAUGUAGCAGAGACACUUGCGAAGUGGAAAGAAGUGAACGAAAAAUUGGACUUGUGUGAUGAUGAUGGAAGAAAGCCAGUGCGUAAAGUUCCUGCUAAAGGAUCAAAGAAAGGGUGUAUGAAAGGUAAAGGAGGACCGGAUAAUGGGAGGUGCAAGUACAGAGGUGUUAGGCAGAGGACAUGGGGUAAAUGGGUUGCUGAGAUUAGGGAGCCACAUAGAGGGAGUAGGCUUUGGUUGGGUACAUUUGACACAGCAAUUGACGCUGCUCUUGCUUAUGAUGAAGCUGCAAGGGCAAUGUAUGGUCCUUGUGCAAGGCUGAAUCUCCCGGAUUAUUACCCUUCGUUGAAAGAGUCUUCUAAGGAUGAUUCCUCGUUGCCUACUGUAUCUCAAUCCGACUCCAAUACAGCCGCCUCAAGUUUCUCUGAGGUGUGCCCUGCUGAUGGCAUGAUGGGAGGAAGAGCCAGUGUUCCUGAGAUUAGAUAUGAAGAUGGAGAAAGUGAAAUAAAAUUUGAUGCUACUAGGACUGGUUCUGAUGAAGUUGGAACACCACUGAGCUCAUUGAAAGAGGAAGCGAAAGACGAGGCUAAGGAGUUGUUAGAUAAAAGGGAGACCUUUGAAAUUAAAGAAGAGCAUCCGGCCUUUAGUUAUGAUUCGUGGAAUAUUGGACAAGAUGAUCUAGUCAACUUGUGUUUGGAUGAUGAAAUGUUUGAUGUAAAUGAGCUAUUAGGCAUGAUAGAUUCGACUCCACGAGAUGCAUCGGCUCCUAAUCAAGAUGUUGGUUCUGUUCCUCCUAAACAAGAGCAGUACGCCUAUGAUCCUUCAUAUCGAUUACAGAAUGCUACGUACGAGAAUAAUCAGUUGUCAAAUCCAUCAUACCAGUUGGAAAAUGCGGAUGAUCAGUUCUCAAAUCCAUCUUAUCAGUUGGACAAUGCAGAUGGCAAUAUGUUGGAAGGUUUGCAGCAAAUGGAGCAGCAAGCACCUAUCAUGGUUGAUUACAAUUUUGAUUUUCUGAAACCAGGCCGACAGGAGGACUUCAACUUCUGCUUGGAUGACUUGUGUGUACUGGAUUUCUAAAUGCAAUUGGGGAGUUUGACAUGGUGGAUCUAUACAAGCCUCGCAUCCAGGCAAACUGGAUCUGGAUGUAUCACUGCUAGAAACAGGAUUUUAUUGCAGAAUUUAUGCGAUGAUCAGAAAAUUUUCAAAUGUGCACCUAGUUAGUUCAAGAGGUCUUUCUUUUAGUUCGACAAAAAUGAAAAAGCAUAGUCUAGGAGCUGGAGAAUAUAUUGUUCUUUGAUUAUUUUUUUUCCCUUUUGCUUUUGAGGAACUAUGAUUUUCCCUUUCCUUUUGUUGCUGAAGGCCAGCUGAUUCUUGAUAAGUUUUUGCAAGAGAGAAUUCAAGCUGUUGUUGAAUCAAAGCCAGUAUCUUGUAAAGUUUUUGAGAUUGACUAGUAGUUUGCUAACAUUUACAAGGUUUUUGGUCCUUCUUAAGUUCACAGUAAAAGAGAAAAUUAUCUCCCUUGUAAUUGUCAUAUACUGAUAUGAAGUUCAUAUUUAUGUCU